AACAUUAAUAACUUACCUGCCAUACAAGAGUUUUUGCCUCCAUACGAUAAACAACUAAAAUUUGAUGUGCCUACAAUUCUGAAACGGCGAUUGUCCUACGACUAUAAUAUGAUAAACGUUUUUAACAAGCAAUUAAAGUUUCCAUCCAAAUUCACUGUUAUGCAUCUCAUUGAUGGUUAUAUCGGUUCCAAACAAAAAUCAACAAUAUUUGUUAGGGAAAGAGCUUUGUGUGUUGGAUCGACUUUUAUUCAAUAUUUUAAUUCACGAAUACAGACGCUGCUAUAUGCGAAAGAACGUAAUAAUGAAGUGCACAAUAAAGCUGUUGCUCUGUUAUCAGAAAAAAUAAGACUUGACAGUUUACAAUUCAAAUAUAAAAACAUUUAUUCGGAAGACUUGUGGUGUACAGUUUAUGGACCCAUUUAUUUACUAAGGCUAUGUGUUAAUUUGAAAAAAUUUCUAAGACCAAAGUUUGUGACCGAAGACAACCAGCUCUCUUCCAUUGCUGAUAGCAUAAAUGAUUUUUUCAAGUACCUAGAACAGCAACAUUCCAAAUAUUUUGCCAACGAUGACUACGAACCUGCAACUGAUACGAGCGAGACAGAAGUAUCGUUAACAUAAUCUAUUUUUCACAUCACUAAAAAUUCAUCCUCUCAAUUCUUAGUUUUCUUCCUAUUUUGAUAUAAACUAAAUUAUUUGAGCAGUGAAGUAUAAUUUUAUGUAUUUUAUAAUGUGUUCAGAAUUUAUAUUUGAAUUUUUUUCUACGUCAUCCAUCGCACAUUCAACUUUUUUCCUCUUUUUAUCUUUUGACUUAUCAAUUUUUUUUUUUUUUUAUGACGUAACUGACGUUUGGUCGAUAAUGUACAUCAAUUUUUAGUCAUAAUAUUAUUUGUAUUUUUACUAGUUGUCCAAAUGUAUAUUUUUUCAGUCAAUUAUCUAUUUUGUAUAUUGUCAUUAUAUUUUUUGUUCAAUUUUAUUCGUAAGCCAACUAAUAAUUAUAUUUUUACAUCAAUUAUUGUCACUUGCUAUUAUUGAAUGUGCCAAUAUUUUUCCUUUUUUAGUAUAAGAUAGUACCUACAGUUUGGUUAGAUGUUCCUGAGUGGUACCAAAAAUAAAUAAAUUGUAUCCAUACUCUUUUUAAUCCCACCUUAAUUUCUACUCUACGCUUGUACGAACGGUCCAUCUGUUCAGGUCAAAUUUAUUAA